AUGCUUUACCUUGUGGGACUCGGUCUUGCGGACGAAACCGAUAUUACCGUCCGAGGCUUGGAGGUGGUGAAAAGGGCUGAACGGGUUUACCUCGAAGCAUACACCAGCAUUCUGCUUGUCGACAAAGCGAGAUUAGAAGCUUUCUAUGGACGAGAAGUUAUUGAAGCCGACCGAGAGCUCGUCGAGACUGGUAGCGACGAUAUCCUUGCGAAUGCGGACAAGGUCGAUGUAGCUUUUCUCGUGGUCGGAGAUCCCUUCGGAGCUACGACGCAUACCGACCUCGUACUCCGCGCGCGCGAGCUAGGAAUCGAAUCGAAAGUUAUCCCUAACGCAUCGAUUAUGUCCGGCAUCGGCUGUACGGGUCUACAGCUGUACAAUUUCGGACAAACAGUAAGCAUGGUAUUCUUCACAGAGACUUGGAAACCGUCCUCCUACUAUGACCGAGUCAAGGAGAACGUGCAGCUCGGGCUGCAUACUCUGGUUCUACUGGACAUCAAGGUCAAGGAACAAUCCCUGGAGAACAUGGCGCGAGGACGCUUGAUCUACGAACCCCCGAGGUACAUGACGGUUGCACAAUGCGCCAGUCAGAUGCUCGAAACCGAAGAAGAGCGCAAGGAGGGUGUUUGGGGCCCAGACAGUCUCGCCGUGGGUGCCGCCCGAGUUGGAGCAGCCGAUCAGAAAUUGGUCGCAGGAACACUGUCAGAGUUGAGCCAGGUCGACAUGGGCCGACCGCUACACAGUCUGGUUCUCUUGGGUCGGAGAGCGCAUGACUUGGAAAAGGACUAUAUUCGACAAUUCGCAGUGGACGGGGCUACGUUUGACGCGGGCUGGCAGAAAGGCGGAUAUGGGUCCAAUUAA